CCGACAGCCCGCCACGCUGCACGCGCCAUGACCGCGCGCCCCUCGAAACCGCCGCGCGUGUUUAAUAUCAUUACAGUGUGAAUUAUCAAAAUGGAUGUUCUGUAUUUUUGUGUUAUCUUCACCCUCAUUCAAGGGUUAUCAGCAUCGACAUGUCAGUUCCCCGGUGCCCCUGCACACUGCAAGGUGACCUUCUCCGAGGACUCGAUGUCUGAAGGCACCAUAGCCUCUUACGAGUGUGAACGAGGCUUCGAACUCCUGGGACCAGCCAGGAGACUGUGUGGCGCCAAUGGGAAGUGGACGCCUGAUGGCAUUCCUUUUUGUGUCCUCAACGUGGCAGCCGGGAAGGCGCCGAUGCAAGCCUCCACAGAAGACGGGGGAGUUCCUCAGAGGGCCCUGGACGGGAGUACCUCAGCUACAUUCAGUGCAGAGACCUGUACCUUGACGAAGCCGGAGCGCGUACCCUGGUGGUACGUUAAUCUGCUGGAACCUUAUAUGGUGCAACUGGUCAGACUGGACUUCGGAAAACAGUGUUGUGGUACCAACAAAGCAGUAAUCGUCGUCCGAGUAGGAAACAACCGGCCUGAUCUCGGCACCAACCCCAUCUGCAACCGAUUCACUGGCUUCAUCGAACAAGGCCAGCCCCUCUUCCUACCAUGCAACCCUCCAAUGCCUGGGGCCUUCGUCAGCGUCCAUCUAGAAGCUUCCACGCCUUCCCAACUGUCUAUUUGCGAAGCAUUCGUGUAUACCGACCAAGCGUUGCCGAUAGAAAGGUGUCCACAAUUUAGAGAUCAGCCACCGGGCAGUACAGCAACCUACAAUGGGAAAUGUUACAUAUUCUACGACCGGCAACCAGCUACGUUCAGAGAUGCUUUAGGCUUCUGUCGGUCGCGAGGAGGGACCCUGGUUGUCGAAAGCAACCCAGCACUGCAAGGAUUCAUCAGCUGGGAACUAUGGAGACGCCAUAGGAGUGACAGCAGCAGUCAGUACUGGAUGGGCGCAGUUCGGGACCCUCAAGAUCCUGCAAACUGGAAGUGGGUGAACGGCAAUGACGUCACAGUAUCCUUCUGGAACGCUCCGGGCGGGGGUGAAGGAUGCGCCCGGUUCGACGGCAGCAAGGGGUGGCUGUGGGCCGACACUGAUUGCCAAGCGAGACUCAACUACAUCUGCCAACACCAACCGAAAGCCUGUGGUCGUCCUGAACAGCCCCCGAACUCCACAAUGGCAGCUGACAGCUUCGAGGUCGGAGCCUCCGUGGAGUACUCCUGUGAUGAUGGCCACCUCCUGGUCGGACCUACCGUAAGAACCUGCCUCGAUACCGGGUUCUACGAUGAGUUCCCGCCUGUUUGUAAACGUAUCGAAUGCGGCUUCCCAGCAGAGAUUCCUCACGGCUCGUACCAGCUCAUGAACUCUUCAGUGUCCUACCUGUCUCAUGUCCAGUACUCUUGCGAGGCUGGCUACGAGAUGGUGGGCAGAUCUCGACUCGUCUGCGAUAUCGACGAGAGGUGGAACGGACCACCGCCUAGAUGUGAUGUGGUGCAGUGUGAAGACCCGCCGCCGGUGCUGAACGGGCGCGUCGCCCUUAGUCACAACGCCUCCGUGUUCGGUUCCCUGGCAGAGUACUCUUGUACUAAAGGAUUCAAGCUGCUCGGACCAAAGAGGAUUGCUUGCCUAGCCAGUGGUCUGUGGGAUAAACCAGCACCCAUCUGUCAACUCGAAGAACGACCAACAACAACCACGCAAGCGACAACCACCAGCCCAGCAGCAACCACAACUGCUUCCACACCAACCAGCCCCCGCCUCGUCUUACCAACGAGGCCGAGAACAUCUCCUCGUCCCCUCUCCUCACCGACACCCUUCGCGACCGUAACUGCCGAACCUCCAAGGAGGCUGCGACCCAAGACCACGACGGAACGAGUGACGACCAGGAGUUACGAACGUCCUCCAGAGAGGAAGGUGACUGUGCCUGAUAAUCAGGACUCGCCGACCAGUCAUGUGCCGCAUAUUAUUGUGGCCAGCCAUCCGAGAGAGAAUCAGAUCGUCGGUAACGGCAACAAUAUAAGAGCAGAACAGACCCCUCGCGUGAACGUCCCGCAACCAGUGGACGGCGAGCGACGGGACCCCGUCGGGGCCCGCCUGAACAUCGGCGCAGUGGUAGCCCUGGGCGCCUUCGGGGCCCUCGUAUUCCUCAUCGCCAUCAUCACGACCAUAGUCAUCCUCGUCCGAAGGAAGCACAACGACGGCAAGCGGUACCGACACCACGUGUCCCCUGACUGCAACACCGUCGGCUCCCUGGACUCCUCGUCCUCCGAGUCCAGGAGUGGCCUCAACCGGUACUACCGCCAGGCCUGGGAGGAACUCCACGAAGCCGCCGGCGCGAAGCAUGCUCACCGCCGUCACGAUCGCGAAGCCCCGAAAGAUGGCUCGGAACUCGUAGUGUCAGACGUGUACCCUGCCCCCCACGCGAGAGACAAGAGACGACACCACCAUCAUCAUCAUCAUCGUGAACAAAGGCACCAAGACUGGCACUCCCCCCAUCGCCCCCACCAUAAUCAUAAGCCUAGGUAUUAAGCUGUUCUAUGUGUCGACGGAUAUUUUAACCUGAAAGUGUGACUGGAUAUGGAUGAUAGAAUUUGAACAUUUUGCAUCAUAUUUCACUAAAUAUUUUCCGCUAAAACAUUUCUUUGCUACCUUUUGAAUUAUUUAUAGGGCCUUAAUCAUGUUUAAUAAGCAAAAAUGCAAAUUAUUAUUAAAAUAGUAGGUAUCUGUUUUUUUAUAAUAGUUGAUGUAUCAGAACUGUGAUUUGUGUAAUUCCGUCCGUCGACCAUAAUUUCAGGAGUGUAAAAAGAACUUGUAAAUGACAAUGAUAUACCUAUUUAAUUUAUUCCAUUUUCUUUAAAGUUAUCCAUCUUGGCAUUAAAGUGCACUGAUUAUUCAAAUAUUCCGAGUAAAGGAACGGUAGCGUAUAAGCGUACAACUGAACGUGACCUAACAAAAUGUACCAAAUAGCAUUACUUGUAAUUUCUUUUUUAUACUUAAUAUUAUUUAUAUUUGGAUAAUAUUGGGGCAUAUUGACUUCUUGACGACUUUUAAACCUCAUCAAGAUAGUCGUUACUGAAAUUGCUCAUAUACAACAUGUAACGUAAUUAACGCACACCCUCAAACACCCCAAUUAGAAUAUUUUGUUAUAAUCAUAAUACAUACACUGAAUUUUUAAUUUAACAUGUAUAUGCACU